CUUUUUGCCUCUGUUUGGCGCAACAUGCUGAGCCGGACGGUUCCACGGGCCGCCCCCCGCGUGAGCGCAUUCGCCCGGUGCGAGGCGCAAGCGCCCCUCCAGCGAUGCACAAAACUGCCCGCAAAGCCGUGGCGGCAGGCACAGCAACCGCUGGGGCGGCGCUAUCGCUCCACGAUGCGAGAGCAGUUCCGUGAGCAGUAUCAGAGAAGCCCUAUACUGUUUCCCUUUGCCAUUGGAGUUAUCGCCCUCGUUUCAGGCAUCUGUGUCUUCUACAUUCCGUGGUACUACAAGAACAUCAUCAUCAGACCGUAUCACAACUUCCCCGAACCCGUCGCAAAGAAGCUUCGCAAGGCCCUCUUCUACAGCCGCGGCAAAUGGCUCGACAUUCGCGAAGCCAACAAGCACUUCCGACAAGCUCUCGCGCUGGCUGACGAGCUGGGGAUGGACCCAUUUAGCGACGAAAUCAUGGGCGUCAAAUACACGAUUGCGCAGCUGUUUGAGGAGGCGGGAUACUACAGUCUGGCCAUUGAUGUGCUGGAGAUCAUGCGCAACGACUGCCAGCGCUGGGUGGACGAGUUCUCAGACAAGCACUGGACGACGGGCAACCGGAGCCGCGUCAAGAAGAACAUGGUGCAGAUUAAUCUGAAGCUGGGUCAGCUCUAUGACGUGAGAUAUGUCAACGAGCCUGAAAAUGGCGAGAAGAGACUGGUCGAGGCAGUGGAGAGCGCGCUCAAGGAGCAGCAACGGCGCGAGAGAGACGGCGUCAAGGAUGGCGAGGGGCCAUGGCUCACAGACGAGGAGAUGGGCGGAGCACUCGAAGCCCUUGGGACACAUUAUGAGCAGUUUGACUCGCACUACCUUGCUACCCCACUCUUCCUCAAGGCUCUACAAUCAUGUCCACCAAGCUCAUGCCACAGCGUCGUUCUCAUGAACAACAUCUCGACCUGUCUCGCACAGCAAACUCCCCCCGACUCCACUUCAGCCAUCACAAUGUCCUCGGCGCCCUCGGACUUUCCCGUCUCGAACAGCGCCCCCCGCACACUUUUGAUUGAGCAAGCCCAACAAUGGGCGUCGCGAGCCCUCGCGCGAGCGGCACAAAUAAAAGGCUCUGACCGCACCGAAGAAUGCGACAUGGGAUGUGCCGUAGCAACGCACAAUCUUGGGGAGUUUUUUGAAAUGCAGGGAAAAGUAGAAGAGGCAAGAAGACAGUACGAAGAAGCGUCGUCGUUGGCGAAGAAGCUGGGAUUCACCGAGGGUGUAGCGAAUGCGAGGGCGGGACUGAAGAGAAUGAAAGACAUGGGCAAGAAGCAGGCGUGAGAAAAGUGUAUUCUAUACAUGGGUAACUAGACGACGGUACAGUAGACCAUUUCUCCACCCGUCUAUGGAUAACGGAGAAUCGCCCAACGAACAGAAC